GGGCGAGACGAAAGAUCGAAAUUGGAUCUUUCGGCACUUUUCGUUUGGACGAUCGCAUGGCGACGCCGCCAGUCUCGAUGGUGCGUCGAACGCUUCUCGCGGCCGUGGCUGUGGGCCUCGUGGCUGGUGAUGCACAUGCCAGUGGCUUCUUUGUGUGCCCCGGACAAUGCGAAGCCAUGUUUCUCCCACGUGACAUGGACGAUGUCGACGAUUGCUCGUGUGUAACAACGAACAAUCAGCCGUCAAGGUCACUGCUGAGUCAAUCCGUUGGAGGCGACAGCUCGUACCGUUGUCCCAAGGGGGCGUCGGCCAAAGCGCUGCAUCCGACGUCGUUCGACGACUGCGAGUGUUUUGAAAACUUACAUCGCAACGACAAGGCUGGCCAGUGUGUGACGGAAAUCACAUGCAGCGGCAAGUACACGCUUAAGACAGGACUGACAUCGGCGCGGUCGCUUGCCGAUUGCGACUGCCUGGAUCCAUACAUCAAGGACGAAUCGACGGGGGAAUGCCAGCUCACGUUCUGCCCUCGCGCUGCCAACUACGUCAAGAAGCAUGGCGUCACUCAAGUGCACUCGCUCGUCGACUGCGAUUGUUUGGAGCCGUACACGAAGAACGCCCAGAGCGGGGAAUGCUACAUUCGAUUUGAAUGUCCCGAGCAUGCGUCGCCACCUGUCCAAGGGUACGCCAAGUCCAUUGCCGAUUGCACGUGCGACUGGGGCUUCGUUCGGCCUCAAGUCAAGUCGAAAAAGUAUUCGGGCGAUCCUUUCUGCGUUGCGGAGACGCCGACGUUUGCCUGUCCACCCCAUUCGCGUCCGCUGCCGACGGUGGACCGGUCGCCGCAGAACUUUAUGGACUGUGAGUGCGCCAACGGGUACGAUCGCUUGGAAAAGCUCGAGAUGUGCGUCGAAGCCAUGGCGCCGUCUUUGCGCGGCGACACGAACGCGACAAACGCAACCCGUGUGGAGUUUGAAUGCCCUGAUUUUUCGGUGCCUCUGGCGCCGCAUCCGUAUUCGAUGCACCAGUGCCGGUGCCUCCCUGGCUUUGAGCCCAACUGGAGCAUGCAAUCGUGCGACUGGACUCCCGACUACUACGUGUGCCCGCCGCACUCUUUCAAUCCGUAUCCUGCGCUGCCUCCCCUCGGCUUUCUCGACUGCCACUGCGCCAAAGGGUACCACCGCAAUGACGCGGACGGCGUGUGUGUGGAAAACGACACCAUGUUGGGCGAGACCGGAUGCCCCGCAGGCGCGUUAGCCAAGACGUGGCCCGUGCACGACCCGGCUUGGGACUGCUUUUGCCCGCACGGAGAGAUCCAAACCGACGGCAACGUCAGCGCCAUCGCGACGGCGGAUUUCAUGUCGCGCUUGGACUCGUCUGUGCCUGUCGACAUGGACUGGAGCGUCCGAUGCAAAAACUCUGCUGUCGUUGGGUUCUAUGGCUGUCCGCCGAACGCAGUCAUGAACCACUGGCCGGUCGUUGUUCUCGAAGAUUGUUCGUGCAAGGCCGGCUUUGACACCGUUGCAGCCGCCAACGACGUUGGCAUGACUUGCAAUCGCACGACGGAAUCGUUCCCGCCGUGCACCGCGGGCAUGGGUCGGAGCCCGGUCGACAACGUGUGCCGGUUUCCGGCAGAAGCGGUCUUGCCGUCCCCGCACGCGGCGGCGGCCGGCGCGACCACAGGCAGGCUUGUCGUCAACGGCAACGAGCUCGACUACGUGGUCGUGGAAGAAGGCAUUAUGGUAACCCAAGGCGACAUUGCGGUCGGCACGUCGUUUGGGUACCUCGGCGAAGGCCCGGACAGCGACGUCCUGUUUUACGUGCUGCACGGGUAUUACAACAAAGAGAAGGAGUCGCGGUGGAAGGACGUACGUCGCCGUGGUCUCGCCCGUGGUAGCUCAUCGACGAGCUGCUCUAUCGUAGGCGACCAUGUGCUUUACCGUCGACAAGCAAGUCCAGCACCGCCGCGACGACAUUUGGACCGCGAUGCAGCAUAUCGCUGUCAACACGGGCUUUCGCUUUGUCGAGUGCAAGGAAGAGUAUUGCGACGACCAUUUGACCGACUGCGACGACGUCGUCGACUUUAGCCCGACCGCGUCGAGCUGCUGGUCGUCGAUCGGGCGCGUUGGGGGGCGUCAGAUGCUCGGCAUCUCGGACGACUGCAGCGACGGCAACUUGAUCCAUGUGGUGCUGCACGCCAUGGGACUCCAUCACCCGACCGUUCGGCCCGACCGCGACGCGCACAUUCAAAUCGCGUGGGAGUGUGUCGAGCCCGCCAAGCGAACGUACUUUGCCGUCGAACACCUGGAACACAUUUACUCGGCGGACGACGUUGUUGUUGCGGCCGUCGAUGUGCCGUACGACUUCUUUAGUAUCAUGCACCACCGCGCGGACGCGUUUGUCAACGCGUCCAUGGCGGACGGCGGGUGCAUGACGAUCUUUCCCCGCAUCGAAGAUCCGUACCAACGGCAGGCAGUCAUGACCGGCAUGGGGCAGCGGGAAAAGCUGUCGCUCACCGACAUCCACUACGUCUGGGUGCUGUACCCCGAGCUCAAGGAAUCGAUGGCUGUCAAGGCGAGUCAACGUGUCGACGACGCGGUCGAAGACGUGCCAGAGUACCACGAGCCACGGCUUCACACCAAAGACGAUGCGGUGCCGUACCGCCCGCCAUCGUCGACGUCGGGGGCCGUCGGGGCGGUCGUGUGCGCCGUGGCGUUUCUUGCGAUCGUCGGGUUUGCGUCGUUCGAGAUGCGGCGCGUCGCGCGAAAGAAGGCCGAGGCGGAAGGGUCGACUCGGUUUUCGGACCCGCUGCUGUCGGAUCCCAUGUACGACUAGCGUUAGCUGCAUAUUCGUGUGAAUGCAUGGUCGGUUGGCGCGGUAUGCGUUCAAAAACGCACGCGUUUGGAGCGAGGCGUCGCCCAAGGAGCUGUCCUUGGCGGUACAUCCCGAGAUCGAAUCCUGAUUCGAGACCGACGUCGCUCAUGCCGUGGCGUCGGCAUGGACGCGUCAAGGGAUGGAAUCGAUCGCCGCCGUGUUGUGGGUAUUGACCGAGUCGUUGCAGCCGUUGGAGGAAUGGCCGUGGUCAGGACGAUCCCCCGCGCCAUCCGACGGCAUGCGACUGCUGCUGUGG